AUGGCCGUGCCGCCCAAGUUUGCAGCCCACAAGCUGACCUUCGGCUCCCCCAAGCCCCUCGCAGAUGGCGUCCCCUCGCAACGCCACACCAUCGAGCUCUACCUCGACUACGUCUGCCCCUUCUCGGCGAAGCUGUUCAAGACCUUCUACCACGAGGUCAUCCCCGCCAUCCGCGCGAACCAGGCCUGGGCGUCCAACGUUGAGAUCAUCUUCCGCCAGCAAGUCCAGCCGUGGCACCCCUCGAGCACACUCGUCCAUGAGUCGGCCGUCGCUGUCAUCAAGGUCGCGCCGCAAAAGUUCUGGGAGUACAGCGACGCGCUCUUCAAAGCGCAGAAGGACUACUUCGACGAAAACGUCGUCAACGAGCCGCGCAACGACACCUACCGCAGGCUGGCCAAGCUCGCGGCCUCUGUGGGCAUUGACGGAGACAAGGUGCUGCAGCUGCUCCUCAUGUCGGAUAAGCCUCACGGCGACGGCGCACUGAACGCCGGCAACGGCGUGACAACCGACUUCAAGGUGCUCAUCAAGCUCGCGCGGUUGACGGGCGUGCACGUCAGCCCGACGGUGCUGUUGGACGGAUACCCGAGCAACGAGAUCAGCUCCGGGUGGACGCUGGACCAGUUGAAGGAAUGGCUGCAGAAGAACAUUGUUUGA